AUGCCCAAAAAAUCAUCACUGUCUGUGGGAUGGGUACCAUCCCCUAUAACAACACCAAUAUACUUAGCGCCAGAAACACUUGAGAAUGCAAAGGCAGCUGCUUCAACAGCUAUGGUUACGGCCAUAUUCCAGAAGACCCUGUUCCCUGAUGCGAAUGUGCUCACGCAAUGUGCCUCGGACACAGUGGACAAGGUCAUUGCUGAAUACUUGGGCGAAACUCAUGCUGGACUCACCCAGUGGAAGUUAAGGUCAGAGGGCAGUCAGCACAUGUCAAGGAUGAAAGGCAAGCUGAAGCAAGUAUACAUCAACUUUCAAAAUGUCACUAAGAUGUCGAUGUUAUCAGCUUAUGGAUUGGCUUUUGAGAUAUCAAAGAGCAAGCAGGAGAUGAUGAAUUUGUGCAUUGCUAAUAUCCAAUAUCUGCUGUUAAACCACAAUUUCGAGGACGUGUUUGAGCCUACCUCUGUGGAUGACCUAGAGCUUCUCCUGGUCCCAUUUGGCCAUGCGGGUCUCUGCAACUUGCUAGAGUACCUCACAUCAGUGAAGCAGUACUCCAGAUAUCUACUCCUCAAUCAAGACAGCUGGAAAUCCCUGCCUUAA